GCCUGGGAGAGGAACUCAUUUACAUAAUAAAGCGGGGGCGGGGCUCUGCCAGACUCUAUGAAAGGCUCCGCACAGCCGGUACCGCGCCAUUGGAUGUAACAGAACGGACCGGGGCACCGACAUGUCUUUUGGGCUUCACCCAUGGGAUCCGGCCUUCCUGCCCCCCCAGCCCCCCAGCAUGGAGAAGAAAUCCGCCCCAGCAGCAGCCAACAGGGCGACCCUUCCUCCCUCCCCCAAGGGGGACAGUGAGGGGCCCCGGGAGCCCGACUCCUCCGCCGAUUGGAAGAAGAAGAAGAAGAAGAAGAGCUACCAGCGCUACGCGAAGCCCCCCUACUCCUACCUGGCCAUGAUUGCCCUGGUCAUACAGAACUGCCCCGAGAAGAGGCUCAAACUCUCCCAGAUCCUGCAGGACAUCAGCUCUUUGUUUCCGUUCUUCAAAGGAAAUUACCAGGGUUGGAAGGAUUCCAUUCGGCACAAUUUGUCUUCCAAUGACUGUUUCAGAAAGGUUCUGAAGGAUCCACUGAAGCCACAGGCCAAAGGCAACUACUGGACCGUAGAUGUGACCCGGAUCCCCCCGGAUGCUCUGAAGCUCCAGAACACGGCAGUGACCCGGCAAGACCUGUUCCCCCUGGACUUGGCCCCUUACAUCCUACAUGGGCAGCCCUACAGGGAGAGGCAUUCGGCCAAUCACACGAGGGAACACACUACCCCCAGGAUGGAGCUCAAAGUUGCCCCCCAGAUCCCAGUGUCAGACCCUGCUGUCAGUUUUCCCAUGAUCCUAUGGAAUCUCCCUACAUCCUACACAAAGUGUGUGGCCCCCAAUGUAGUGGCCCCUCCAAGCGUCCAUCCACUGCUAUUGUACUCCAACUUCCCUUCUAUUUCUAUCUAUAACUACCUGCCCCCACCCUAUGGCAGCCCCGUGUACUCGGCCUCCAGCCUGCACCCCCAAAUCCCUCUCACCCCCAGACCCCCAGAGCUGAAGAAUCCCCCCAGUGACUUCCCCCCCAACAAGACAGUGUUUGACAUCCCAGUCUAUAGUAGUCGCCCAGGCCUGGUCGCUAGCCCGGGUUUGUUCAGCCCCCACUUGGCUGCUGCCACUUCCCCCCUCCUGGGUUACAGGCCCUCUGGGCUAUGAGGGGGCAGGUAGCCAUGGGCAGUUGGACUAUAUGACUAUGUGCGUGGCUAUAUGUGCCCCCGGCUGUGCCCCCGGGCACCCUUGUAUAUAUUUCCCUUGCUGAAUUUUAUUUUUGUACUUUCGCAAAUCUUUAUAAAUUGCCCUUAUUUUUGCAUAAA